UGUUGAGGAGUGCAGUUCCGGGGCUGAAUUUUCUCCACAUUUUGCUCGAUUUAUCCCAUUUAACUUCGCAAAUGUUGACUAAACUUUCCACAUAAGUAGGAUAAGAUCUGCACGACAGACAAACAAGCCAGUUUAGUAUGGCUGAUUCACAGGAACCUCCUGAAGCUCAGGUCCAGACGGUGGCCGAAGUUGGGGGUUUCACAAAAUGGCUGAAAAGGGCGGUGACGGUGAUGUUGGAAGAUGACGAAGACACUCUUCCGGAGUCACUUCUGACAUCUCUUCAAGACAAGGGCUCGAUUGAAGCCAUGAAGAAAUUUUUGGGAGACCAACAGGCGCCUGUUCUUCUCAUUCAAAAAAUGACAACCAAAGAAGAGAUAGAGGAAGGCACAGAUGUUGAAGAGAGAGAAAUUGUCUCCUACAGCAUUUCUACAGAUGUUCAUUUUACAAGUGCAAAGAUGUCAAGCUUGGUUGUCAUCAAGCGGGGACAGGUUGUCGAGGCAGACAAGAGCUUUGCCUCGCAGCUACGAUUGAUGAACUUCAGUGAUGGCUCCCCCUAUGAGACGCUUCAUUCAUACAUCAGUAACGCCGUGGCGCCAUUCUUUAAAACAUAUGUCCGAGUUUCAGGAAGGGCUGAUAGGGAUGGUGACAAGAUGGCGCCAUCUGUCGAGAGGAAGAUCGCCGAGCUGGAGAUGGGCUUACUCCAUCUACAACAGAACAUCGACAUCCCUGAAAUCACCUUGACAGUUCAUCCAACAGUAGCAGGCAUCAUCAAGAAGUGUGGCGAGGAAAGUCGAAAACCCAAAGUCGCUGAUUUUGGCGAUCGAGUUGAAGAUCCGCAAUUCUUGAACGCUCUCCAGAGUGGUGUCAGCCGAUGGAUUCGGGAGAUUCAGAAGGUGACGAAACUUGACCGUGACCCGGCGUCGGGGACAGCUCUUCAAGAGAUCAGCUUCUGGUUGAACUUGGAGAGAGCUCUGCUGAGAAUUCAGGAGAAGAGAGAAAGCAUCGAAGUCACUCUCACGCUCGACAUCUUGAAGCAUGGCAAACGGUUCUUGGCAACUGUCAGUUUUGACACUGACACAGGUCUCAAAUCUGCUUUGGACACUGUGAAUGACUACAACCCGCUGAUGAAGGAUUUCCCCCUGAAUGAUCUCCUCGCAGCGACGGAACUUGACAGAAUCCGAGUCGCCCUGCAGGCCAUCUUCACCCACUUGAGGAAGAUCCGUACCACCAAGUACCCCAUCCAGAGGGCUCUCAGGCUCGUUGAGGCCAUUUCUAGGGACCUGAGUCAGCAGCUACUCAAAGUCCUGGGAACACGGAGAUUGAUGCAUAUUCCGUUUGAUGAGUUUGAAAAGGUGAUGACGGCAAACUUUGAUGUGUUUAGCACGUGGGAUGAUGAGUACGACAAACUGCAAGGAUUGCUGCGGGAUCUUGUGAAGAAGAAACGUGAGGAGCACCUCAAGAUGGUCUGGAGGGUCAACCCGGCUCACAAGCGCUUGCAGGCUCGACUGGACCAGAUGAGAAAAUUCCGUCGUCAGCAUGACCAGCUUCGACAGGUGAUAGUGCGAGUCCUGAGACCAGCUACGACCGCACGACCAGGAAGCCCCUCUGGUGAAGGUGAAGCAGACAAGACAACUCAGCCGGAAGUCCUAGAUGCAGCAGACGCCAAUGCGAUAGAGACAUCGCAUGCAGGAAUGGUCCGAGAAGUCAACUUGGCAUACGAAAAUGUAAAGGAGAUUGAUGGUCUUGAUGUCUCCAAGGAGGGAACAGAUGCCUGGGAAGCCGCGAUCAAGAGAUAUGAUGAGAGGAUUGAUCGUGUUGAAACCCGCAUCACCGCUCGCCUCCGCGAUCAGCUCGGGACGGCCAAGAAUGCCAAUGAGAUGUUCAGAAUCUUCUCACGAUUCAAUGCCCUGUUUGUGCGGCCUCACAUCAGAGGCGCCAUCCGGGAGUACCAGACGCAACUCAUCCAGAGGGUCAAAGAUGAUAUCGAGAAUCUCCACGAGAAGUUCAAGGUCCAAUACGCUCACAGCAAGUCGUGCCGCAUGAGUCGAGUCCGUGAUCUCCCGCCUGUCUCUGGCUCCAUCAUCUGGGCUCGGCAGAUCGAACGUCAGCUGAGCGCCUACAUGCGGAGGGUUGAAGACGUCCUAGGCAAGGGCUGGGAGAACCACGUGGAGGGGCAGAAAUUGAAAGCAGACGGCGACAGCUUCCGAUUGAAGCUCAACACCCAGGAGCUGUUUGAUGAGUGGUCGCGUAAGGUUCAACAGCGUCAGCUUGGAGUGUCUGGCCGAAUCUUCCUGAUUGAGUCCACCCGUUCAAGAGCCGGGAAAGGAAACAUCUUGAAGUUGAAAGUGAACUUUCUGCCAGAGAUUAUCACUCUCUCGAAAGAGGUCCGAAAUCUCAAGUGGCUGGGCUUCAGAGUGCCUCUGGCGAUCGUCAACAAGGCUCACCAGGCCAACCAGCUCUACCCCUUCGCCAUCUCCUUGAUCGAGAGCUGCCGUACUUAUGAGCGCACCUGCGAGAAAGUGGAGGAGAGGAUUUCCAUCGCCCUCCUGGUUGCUGGUCUCCGCAAGGACGUCCAGGCGCUGAUUGCUGAGGGAAUUGGCCUUGUCUGGGAGUCGUACAAACUUGACCCGUAUGUGCAGAGGUUGGCUGAGGCAGUGUUCAAUUACCAAGAAAAGGUGGAUGACCUGCUGGCCAUUGAAGAACAAAUUGACAUCGAGGUGCGAUCGCUAGAGACUUGCGCCUACAACGCGGUCACAUUCAAUGAUAUCCUCAACAAGAUCCAGAAGGCUGUUGACGACCUGAGCUUGCACCAGUAUUCCAACUUGCCCCAGUGGACAGCAAAGCUUGACCAGGAGGUUGAGAGGUUCCUUGCUGCAAGAUUGGAAGCAGGUCUGAUGGAGUGGACCAAAGUCUUGACAGGCAAAUCCGAGGAUACCAUCGACUUGAGCAUGGACACUGACGCCCCCCAGCAGCUGGCCAACAAACCUGGAGGCGACCCACACAUCAAGAACGUCGUGCACGAACUCCGUAUCACCAACCAAGUCAUGUUCUUGCAUCCACCACUAGAGGGCGCUAGAUUCAACAUCAUGCAGGAGUUGUUCUCGUGGGAAGCAGUCAUAACAUCUUUGCCAAGGAUUCAGCAUUCGCGUUACCAAGUCGGGCUGGAUAUCGAGUCGGACUUGGAUACGACGUAUCGUAACAUCUUGACCAAGUUGCCCAGUGGGCAGAUUGUCCUUGAGGAAUCUUAUGAAGCCAUUCAAAAGCUGCAGAAAGAGGUGGAGGACUACGUGGAUAAAUGGCUCAAGUACCAGUCACUGUGGGAUCUCCAGAGUGAUGCCGUGUAUGACAAGUUCGGCAACAACUUGAACGUCUGGAUGAGAGCUCUGGAGCAGAUCAAGCAAGCAAGGAAGACCUUUGACACUGCAGAAACCAAGAAGGAAUUUGGCCCUGUCAUCAUCGAGUUUGGCAAAGUCCAGUCCAAGGUGUCUCUCAAGUAUGACUCCUGGCACAAGGAAGUCCUUGGCAAGUUUGGUAGCAUGUUGGGCACCGAAAUGACAGACUUCCACAGCUCUGUUUCAAAGUCACGGGGAGACCUUGAGCAGCAGACGAUCGAUACAGCCAGUACGUCUGAUGCUGUCUGUUUCAUCACGUACGUCCAGUCGCUGAAGAGGAAGAUGAAAGGCUGGGAGAAACAAGUUGAACUUUAUGGCCAAGGUCAGAGGAUCCUGGAGCGUCAACGGUUCGCCUUCCCCUCGAACUGGCUAUACAGUGACAACAUCGAGGGAGAAUGGGGUGCCUUCAACGACAUCAUCAAGCGUAAGGACUCUUCGAUCCAGACCCAGGUUGCCAGCCUCCAGAUGAAGAUCGUCUCCGAGGACAAGGUCGUCGAGAACAAAUCUGCCGACCUACUGAGCGAGUGGGAGAAGGAAAAGCCAGUCCAGGGCAAGCUGAAGCCCGACAUGGCCACCAAGGCCCUUGCCAUCUUCGAGGGGAAAUUCAGUCGUCUGAAGGAAGAGCGUGACAAUGUCUCAAAGGCCAAGGAAGCGUUGGAGCUGGCUGAGCCUGGGGUGGUCAGCCCGACCGAAGAUAGAAUGUCGGUUGCACUGGAAGAACUCCAGGACCUGAAGGGAGUCUGGUGUGAGCUCUCCAAGAUUUGGGAAGAGAUUGAUGACCUGAAGGAAAAGACCUGGCUGUCUGUGGCCCCGAGGAAGCUGCGCCAGUCACUUGAUACCUUGCUGAACAACCUCAAGGAGUUGCCGGCCAGGCUGAGGCAGUACGCUUCAUAUGAAUAUGUCAAGAGGGCACUGCAAGGAUAUGCAAAGGUGAACAUGCUGAUUGUUGAGCUCAAGUCCGAAGCCCUGAAGGAGCGCCACUGGAAGCAACUGAUGAGGAAGUUGGGCGUGUCUUGGGUCCUGUCCGAGUUGACCCUUGGCCACAUCUGGGACGUUGACCUCCAGAGGAAUGAGGCGUUGGUGCGAGAGGUCAUCCUUAUUGCGCAGGGAGAAAUGGCCCUCGAGGAAUUCUUGAAGCAGGUGAGCGAGGUAUGGAGAAGCUACGAGCUGGAGUUGAUCAACUAUCAGACCAAGUGUCGUCUGAUUCGUGGCUGGGACGACCUCUUCGACAAGGUCAAGGAGCACAUCAACAGUGUCGCCGCCAUGAAGCUCUCGCCGUACUACAAGCAAUUUGAAGAGGAUGCUAUGUCCUGGGAGGACAAGUUGAACCGCAUCAAUGCCUUGUUUGACGUCUGGAUUGAUGUCCAGAGACGCUGGGUCUACCUUGAUGGCAUCUUCUCCGGCAGUGCCGAUAUCCAGCAUCUGCUUCCAGUGGAGACAUCAAGAUUCCAGAGUGUGAGCACCGAGUUCCUUGGUCUGAUGAAGAAGGUGUCCAAGUCUCCCUUGGUGAUGGAUGUGCUGAACGUCCCGAACGUGCAGAGGCAGCUUGAGAGGCUGGCCGAUCUACUUGGCAAGAUCCAGAAGGCCCUCGGCGAAUACCUGGAGAGGGAGAGAGCAUCAUUCCCAAGGUUCUACUUCGUUGGAGAUGAAGACUUGCUCGAGAUCAUUGGCAACAGCAAGAAUGUUGGUCGUCUGCAGAAGCACUUCAAGAAGAUGUUUGCAGGCGUUGCGACCAUCAAGCUCAACGAGGAACAGACCAUUGUGCUCGGCAUCUGCUCCAAGGAGGGAGAGGAGGUUGAUUUCCACACCCCAGUGGACCUGAAAGUUCACCCCAAGAUCAACGAGUGGCUGACCAUGGUUGAGAAGGAGAUGAGAGUGACGCUCGCGCGUCUGCUCGCCAGUGCUGUCCAGGGAGUGAACGAGUUCCUCCAGGGCGCUACCAUCGAUGCCGAGAAGUACUUGCUCUGGGUCGACAAGUACCAAGCCCAGCUGGUCGUCCUGGCAUCCCAGAUCUCGUGGUCUGAGAUGGUCGAGGCUGCACUUCAGCAGAUCAUUGCCUCCAAGACUCCCGAUGAUCUUGCACCACUGGAGGCUGUUCUGACGUCUGUUGAGAACACCCUGAACGUGCUCGCUGACUCCGUGCUGCACGAGCAACCACCUGUCAGGAGGAAGAAGUUGGAGCACUUGAUCACCGAGUUGGUCCACCAGCGUGACGUCUCCAGGAUGUUGAUCAAGAACAAAGUCAACAACCCCAAGUCAUUCGACUGGCUGAUGCAGAUGAGGUUCUACUUCGACCCCAAGAACACUGAGGUUCUCGAGCAGCUCUCCAUCCAGAUGGCGAACGCCAAGUUCAACUACGGCUUCGAGUACUUGGGAGUCCAGGACAAGCUUGUCCAGACACCUCUCACUGACAGGUGCUACCUGACUAUGACCCAGGCCCUGGAGGGACGUCUAGGGGGCUCGCCAUUUGGACCUGCUGGUACUGGCAAGACCGAGACAGUCAAAGCUCUCGGCAACCAACUUGGACGAUUUGUGCUCGUCUUCAACUGCGACGAGAACUUCGACUUCCAAGCCAUGGGUAGGAUCUUCGUUGGUCUGUGCCAGGUUGGAGCGUGGGGAUGCUUUGACGAGUUCAACCGACUGGAGGAGCGCAUGUUGUCCGCCGUCUCCCAGCAGAUCCAGACCAUUCAGGAGGCCCUGAAGGAACACUCAGCUGCUCCUAGCAAGAAAGACAAGGCCGGUGGGAGUUCAUUCAUCAGCGUCGAGUUGGUCGGCAAGAAUGUCAAGGUGAACCCCGACAUGGCCAUCUUCAUCACCAUGAACCCUGGCUACGCCGGCAGAUCCAACUUGCCCGACAACUUGAAGAAGCUCUUCCGUAGCUUGGCCAUGACCAAGCCGAACAGACAGCUCAUUGCCGAGGUCAUGCUGUACUCGCAGGGAUUCCAGAUGGCGGAGAAACUGGCCAGCAAGAUUGUGCCGUUCUUCCAGCUCUGUGACGAACAGCUCUCACCCCAGUCCCACUACGACUUUGGUCUACGAGCUCUGAAGAGCGUGUUGGUCAGUGCCGGCAACGUCAAGCGGGACCGCAUCCAGCGCAUCAUGGGCGAGAUGCAUGCCAGAGGUGAAAGUCCUGACAGUGACAACCUCGCUGAGAACUUGCCAGAGCAAGAGAUCCUGAUCCAGAGCGUGAUGGAGACCAUGGUACCCAAGCUGGUCGCCGAGGACAUCCCCCUCCUCAACAGCCUGCUGACUGAUGUGUUCCCAGGCAUCAUCUACACACCGAACGAGAUGGCCAAACUUCGCGUCGAGAUCCAGAAGGUCUGCCAGGAGAUGUACUUGGUCUACGGCGAGGGCGAUGAGAAUGGAACUCCUUGGGUCCAGAAGGUUCUCCAGUUGUUCCAGAUUACGCAACUCCAUCACGGUUUGAUGAUGGUCGGCCCCAGCGGAAGUGGCAAGACCGUAGCCUGGAAGGUCCUGCUCAAGGCAUUAGAGAGGCUCGAGGGUGUUGAGGGGGUGGCCCAUGUCAUUGACCCCAAGUCCAUCUCCAAGGAGGCACUCUAUGGUAACCUUGACCCCAACACAAGAGAGUGGACUGACGGUCUCUUCACCCACAUUCUGAGGAAGAUCAUCGACAAUGUGCGUGGUGAAAUCAACAAAAGGCAGUGGAUCAUCUUUGACGGCGAUGUCGACCCCGAGUGGGUAGAGAACUUGAACUCUGUGCUGGACGAGAACAGACUUCUCACACUCCCCAAUGGAGAGCGUCUUGGCAUCCCACCAAAUGUGCGGAUCAUGUUUGAGGUGCAGGACCUGAAGUUUGCCACUCUGGCCACGGUCAGCCGAUGCGGCAUGGUCUGGUUCAGCGAGGAUGUCCUCUCCACGGAGAUGAUCUUCGAGAACUACCUGAUAAAGCUCCGCAACAUGCCCCUCGAGGAGGGAGAAGAGGAGAACAUUCCCAACCGCGGCACCGCAGCCAACCAGAAGGAAGACGUCCUAUCGCCAAUGCUGCAGGUCCAGCGUGACGCUGCCCUACUGAUGGCACCUCACUUCACCUCGGAUGGACUGGUCAUCAAGUGUUUGGAGUAUGCCAAGGGAUUGGAGCACAUCAUGGACUUCACCAGAAUGAGAGCCCUGGGUUCCUUGUUCUCCAUGCUCAACCAAGCUGUCCGAAACGUGUUCAACUACAACAACACGCACAUUGACUUUCCCAUGCAGCAAGACCAGUUGGAACGCUACAUCCCCAAGACCUUGGUCUACGCCCUGCUGUGGUCAAUGUCUGGCGACGCCAAGCUGAAGAUUCGCAAGGAAUUCGGCGACUUCAUUCGCGGGAUUACCACAGUGCCCUUACCACCACAGCCGCAGCUCUCCAUCAUCGACUUCGAGGUUGCCAUCACCGGCGAGUGGGUUGCAUGGCAGGGGAAAGUGCCGCAGAUCGAGGUGGAGACGCACAAGGUUGCCGCACCAGAUGUCGUGGUGCCGACAUUGGAUACAGUCCGCCACGAAGCCCUGCUGUACACGUGGUUAGCUGAACACAAGCCGCUGGUGCUGUGUGGACCUCCUGGAUCUGGAAAGACCAUGACACUGUUCAGUGCCCUCAGGGCUCUGCCUGACAUGGAGGUCGUUGGCUUGAACUUCUCCAGUGCUACGACCCCAGAGUUGAUGUUGAAGACGUUCGAUCACUACUGCGAAUACAAGAAGACACCCAAUGGUGUUGUGCUCUCUCCCAUCCAACUUAACAAGUGGCUUGUGGUCUUCUGCGAUGAGAUCAACUUGCCUGAACAGGACAAGUAUGAAACCCAGAGAGUGAUAUCGUUCCUUCGACAGAUCGUUGAACAUGGUGGUUUCUACCGCACCUCAGAUCAGGCCUGGGUGAAGUUUGAGAGGGUCCAGUUUGUUGGUGCCUGUAACCCGCCCACUGAUCCCGGCAGGAAGCCUCUCUCGCACAGGUUCUUGCGUCACGUGCCUGUGGUGUACGUGGACUACCCCGGCAAGCAGUCGCUCACCCAGAUCUAUGGCACGUUCAACCGAGCGAUGCUGCGGCUGAUACCAAGUCUCCGCUCGUAUGCCGAGCCUCUUACCAGCGCCAUGGUCGAGUUCUACAGCAUGUCACAGGAGCGUUUCACGCAAGACAUGCAGCCCCACUACAUCUACAGUCCUCGCGAGAUGACCCGCUGGGUGCGAGGUAUCUGUGAGGCGCUGCGCCCACUGGAGUCACUCCCUGUGGAGGGGUUGGUCAGGAUCUGGGCUCACGAAGCUCUCAGGCUCUUCCAAGACAGGCUUGUUGAAGAUGAAGAGCGCAAAUGGACGAACGAUAAUGUCGAUGCAGUCGCCUUGAGACACUUCCCUAACAUUGACAAGGACAUGGCCCUCAAGCGCCCAAUCCUUUACAGUAACUGGCUGUCCAAGGAUUACAUUCCAGUCGACCAGGAGGAGCUGAGAGAUUACGUCAAGGCUCGACUCAAGGUGUUCUAUGAAGAAGAAUUGGACGUUCCCCUAGUACUCUUCAACGAGGUCCUUGACCACACGCUGCGUAUUGACCGAAUCUUCCGUCAGCCCCAAGGCCACUUGCUCCUGAUUGGUGUGAGCGGUGCCGGCAAGACCACGCUGUCGCGAUUCGUGGCCUGGCUGAACGGGCUCAGCGUGUACCAAGUCAAGGUGCAUAAUAAGUACACAGGAGAGGACUUUGACGAGGACCUGAGAGGUGUGCUCCGGAGAUCAGGUUGCAAGGGUGAGAAGAUCGCCUUCAUUUUGGAUGAGUCGAACAUCAUGGACUCUGGCUUCCUGGAGAGGAUGAACACCUUGUUGGCCAACGGAGAGGUGCCCGGUCUCUUCGAGGGUGACGAGUACACGACCCUGAUGACCCAGUGUAAGGAGGGAGCACAGCGCGAAGGUCUCAUGCUCGACAGCAGUGAGGAGUUGUACAAGUGGUUUACUCAGCAGGUGACGCGUAACCUGCACGUAGUGUUCACCAUGAAUCCAUCAACCGAUGGCCUGAAGGACCGUGCAGCAACUUCGCCUGCCCUGUUCAACAGAUGUGUGCUGAAUUGGUUCGGAGACUGGUCCACGGGGGCGUACUAUGCUGUGGGACGAGAGUUCACGCACAGAAUGGACUUGGAGAAACCUUCGUACAUUGCUCCAGACUACCUACCCGUUGCCUACGACGACCUGCCCAAUGACCCUAGCCAUCGCGAAGUGGUCAACAACGCCUUCGUGUUCGUUCAUCAGACACUUCACCAGGCCAACGAUAGGCUUGUGCGCCGUGGCGGACGUACCAUGGCCAUUACGCCCAGACACUACUUGGACUUCAUCAACCACUUUGUGAAGCUGUUCAAUGAGAAGAGAUCCGACCUAGAGGAGCAGCAGCUCCAUUUGAAUAUCGGUCUCCAGAAGAUCCGUGAGACAGUGGAGCAGGUCGAGGAACUGCAGAAGUCUCUGUCAGUCAAGAGGAUUGAACUAGAGGAGAAGAACAACAUGGCUAAUGCAAAACUCAAGCAAAUGGUGAAAGACCAACAGGAAGCCGAAAGGAAGAAAGUGGCAUCGCAGGAGAUCCAACAGAAUCUGAUUGAACAGACCAAGAUCAUCUCUGAGAAGAAGGAAUUCGUCAUGACCGACUUGGCCCGCGUCGAGCCGGCUGUGCAGGACGCUCAAACUGCCGUGAAAUCCAUCAAGAAACAAAACUUGGUGGAGCUAAAAUCCAUGGGCAAUCCGCCGCCUGCUAUCAAAAUUGCCAUGGAGUCCAUCUGUCUGCUACUGGGAGAGUCCGCCCCCGACUGGAAGGCCAUUCGUCAGAUUGUCAUGAGGGACAACUUCGUACCGCAAAUUGUCAACUUCUCCACUGAUGAUAUAACUGAUGAGAUCCGAGCUCAGAUGAAGAAGAAGUACCUCAGCAACCCUGACUACAACUUCGAGAAAGUCAACCGAGCCAGUUUGGCAUGCGGGCCUAUGGUGAAAUGGGCCAUUGCUCAGAUCAACUACUCGGACAUGUUGAUGAGAGUGGAGCCGCUGCGUAACGAAUUGAGCAGCCUUGAGAACGAGGCAGAGGCCAACCGCAUGAAAGCAGACGAGCUGAACAAGCUGAUCAAUGAGUUGGAGAGGAGUAUCGCCAAGUACAAGGAGGAAUAUGCCGUGUUGAUCAGUCAGGCGCAGGCUAUCAAGGCUGAUCUGGCUGCUGUGGAAGGAAAGGUUGAACGCAGCGUUGCCCUUUUGAAGAGUCUUGGUGGCGAGAAGGACCGAUGGGAAGCAGGGAGCGAGGCCUUCAAGAAGCAGAUGUCGACCAUCAUUGGAGACGUGCUGCUGUCGUCUGCCUUCCUGGCGUAUGCCGGUUACUAUGAUCAGCAGAUGAGGCAGAACCUGUUUGCUACCUGGUCGUCUCACCUGCAGCAAGCCCAUGUGGACUUCAGGUCCGAUCUGGCAAGGGUUGAGUACUUAUCGAAUGCCGAUGAGCGCCUCCGCUGGCAGGCUCACUCACUCCCCGCAGAUGAUCUGUGCACUGAGAAUGCCAUCAUGCUGAUGAGGUUCAACCGGUAUCCACUGAUCAUCGAUCCAUCUGGUCAGGCAACGGAGUUCAUCCUCAAUGAAUACAGGGAUAAGAAGAUCAGCAAGACAAGUUUCUUGGAUGACUCUUUCCGCAAGAACCUUGAGAGCGCCCUGCGAUUCGGCAACCCACUGUUGGUACAGGACGUUGAGAACUACGAUCCGAUCCUGAACCCUGUUCUGAAUCGUGAGCUGCGGCGUACUGGCGGGCGUGUCUUGAUCACCCUGGGAGACCAGGAUAUUGACUUGUCGCCGUCAUUCACAAUCUUCUUGUCUACGAGGGAUCCAACAGUUGAGUUCCCUCCCGACAUCUGUUCGCGUGUGACCUUCGUCAACUUCACUGUGACCAGGAGCAGCUUGCAGAGUCAGUGCCUGAACCAGGUACUCAAGGCGGAGCGGCCAGAUGUUGAUGCCAAGAGGUCCGAUCUACUCAAGUUGCAAGGUGAAUUUGCGCUACGUCUGCGGCAACUCGAGAAAUCUCUGCUGCAGUCGUUGAACGAUGCCAAGGGGAAGAUCCUCGACGACGACAAGAUCAUCACGCACUUGGAGACGCUGAAGACGGAGGCGACUGACAUCGCCAAGAAGGUUGAGGAGACGGACGUGAUCAUGGCAGAGGUUGAGACCGUCUCACAGCAGUACGAGCCACUGGCUCAGUCGUGCAGCAGUAUUUACUUCACGUUGGAGUCCAUGAAUCAGAUCCACUUCUUAUAUCAGUACUCCCUAAAGUUCUUCUUGGAAAUCUUCGGCGCCGUUCUCUACAACAACGUAGCCCUGAGCGACGUGAAGGAUUACGCGGCGCGUCUGUCCAUCAUCACCAAGCACCUGUUCCAGGUGACCUACAACAGGGUGGCCAGGGGUAUGCUCCACCAGGACCACAUCACAUUCGCCGUCUUGAUGAGCAGGAUUCACCUCAAGGCUGGUGAGGCGACGUAUGAAGCAGAGUACCAGCACUUCUUACGUGGCCAGGAAGGCUUACUCAUCGACCGUGCGAUCCCGAAAAUCAAGUUCCUCACCCCCGAACAGAACGAGGCCCUGGCAAAGCUUGCUAAGCUGCCAGCGUUCAAGCAUCUUGUCAAGGAGGUGCAGAGGCAGGAGUUCCAGACAUACUUGAAUGCGGUGGAACCUGAGCUGGAUGUGCCCAAGCUCUGGGAGGAAGAGCAAGCGCUGACCCCUGUUGGUGAGAACAUGCACAAACUGUUGCUGAUCCAAGCGUUCCGACCCGAUCGUCUGCUCUCCAUGACCCACAUGUUUGUCAGCACCAUCUUCGGUCAGCAGUUCAUGCUACAAGCAGAACAGGAGCUCAACCUAGGAAGCAUCGUUGAAAACGAGAUCAAGGCUCAUACGCCAAUACUGAUGUGCUCCGUACCUGGUUACGAUGCUAGCGGAAGAGUGGACGACCUGGCUACUGAACUCAACAAGGCCAUCACGUCAAUCGCCAUUGGUUCAGCCGAAGGUUUCAGCCAGGCAGACAAGGUGAUCAACUCGGCAUCCAAGUCCGGUCGCUGGGUGAUGUUAAAGAACGUGCAUCUUGCCCCCCAGUGGCUGGUACAGCUAGAGAAGAAACUUCACAGUCUGACCCCCAACCCGCAGUUCAGGUUGUUCCUCACCAUGGAGAUCAAUCCAAAGCUGCCUGUUAAUCUGUUGAGAGCUGGGCGGGUGUUUGUGUUUGAACCACCACCAGGCGUCCGGGCAAACCUCUUGAGGACAUUCAGCACCGUACCAGCCAGCAGAAUGUGCAAGGCUCCUAACGAGCGUGCCAGGCUCUACUUCUUAUUGGCCUGGUUCCAUGCCAUCGUGCAGGAGCGUCUCGGUUACGCCCCGCUCGGCUGGUCCAAGAAGUACGAGUUCAAUGAGUCUGACCUGCGAUGUGCGUGCGAUACGAUUGAUAUUUGGAUUGAUUCUGUGGCUAUGGGCCGCACCAACUUGCCCCCAGACCGUGUCCCAUGGGACGCACUCAAGACCCUUCUCUCCCAGUGCAUCUACGGCGGAAAGAUCGACAACGAUUUCGAUCAGCGUCUCUUGACGGCAUUCGUCAACAAGUUGUUCACGGUGAAGACGUUCGAUUCGGAAUUCCCGCUGGUGAAGCUGACCCAGGAAGAAGGAGGAAAGAAGAUCACGAUGCCUGAAGGAAUCCGGCGUGAACAAUUUGUCCAGUGGGCUGAGACCUUGGUUGACCGCCAGACUCCCUCAUGGCUUGGCCUGCCUAAUAAUGCCGAGAAAGUACUUUUGACAAACUUGGCCAGCAAAAUCACAAAGGAUUUGAUGAAAGUUCAACUACUGGAGGACGAAGAGGAAGACGACAAGAAACAGCAGGGUGGCGAGAUGAUCGGAAAGAUCCUAAAGAUGGCCAUGCUCGAGGAUGACGAUGAGCUGGCGUACGCCCCUGACGCUCGGAAGAGGAGGUCGUCAAGCACGACCGAUGGCCGACCCGCCUGGAUGAGACAGUUGCAGUCGUCUGUCCUCAACUGGCAACAACUGGUUCCAAAGACUCUGACCGUCAUGAAGCGUACCAUAGAGAAUAUCAAGGAUCCGCUGUUCCGUUUCUUUGAGCGUGAAGUGAAUGCCGGAGCAAGGCUGCUAGCAGACGUGCGCCGGGAUCUUUUGGACAUCAUGAUGGUGUGUCAGGGCGAAAAGAAACCAACCAACCACCAUAGGUCCAUGAUGGCUGAUUUGGCCAAAGGAAUCAUCCCCAAAGCUUGGAAGCGCUACACCGUACCCAGUGGCCUGACUGUCAUCCAAUGGAUCUCGGACUUCAGUGAGAGGAUCAAACAGCUCCAGUCGAUCUCGCAGGCCUCACAGACCGGUGGCACUCUUGCUCUCAAGAACCUUGAAGUAUGGCUUGGUGGUCUCUUCAUCCCAGAGGCAUACAUCACAGCAACUAGGCAGUUCGUCGCCCAGGCCAACAGCUGGUCUCUCGAGGAGUUGUACCUGCAAGUGUGCGUGACGGAUGGUGGCCAAGUCGCGUUGGACGACUGCAGCUUCGGCGCGACAGGCCUCAAACUCCAGGGAGCCGUCUGCAAGAAUAACAAGCUGUCGCUGUCGUCGACCAUCUCCACAGACCUCGCGCUGACCAAGUUGACGUGGGUUCGCAUAACCGGUCCCGGUCAGAGUGGAGACAAAGUCACGCUGCCCGUGUAUCUGAACGCCACACGUGCGCAGUUACUCUUCACUGUUGACUUUGACACUGAGGGCACGGGAUCGGGCAAGGACCACAGUUUCUAUGAACGUGGUGUUGCUCUGAUCAGCUCACCCCUUGGUUAACUUGUCAACCCGAGUAGAAAUGGCCAAUUGCGGAAAAUGCUGGAUUCCAAAGGACACUUGAAAACAGUGAAUUUUCCAGAAUAGAUUUGUCCACAUGUGUCUGUUCAAGACAAAGACAAAUUUGCUAAAGUGAAGGGUACUUCUGAAGAACCCCCUCACAGGAGUACUCCCACAUGACUGUUUCACAAUUUUGCCACCAUUAUUGAAAGUUUCUUCUUGCAAUUGGCUGAAACUAUCAAAAAAUAACCAACCAAUAUUCUCCCUCUUAAUGUGCUAUUAUAUCAUGUUGUAUCAAUGUGUUACUUUAUUUCUUGCUUUUAAUAUUUGGAGCUAUUGAGUGACAGUAUCCGGUCAAGCAUGUAACUAAGGAUUCAUAGAAAUCCGUGGUGCGUAAACUCAAUAUUUUUUCCCCGGCUUGCGAUGUGUUAAAUACUUCACAAUCAACUUUUCAUGUGCUGGUGACCGCUUGGAACCUGGGUUGUACUGCACCGAUCCUAUCGUAUAGCCCUGAGAGUGUAAUCGUACAAUUAACCCUUUGGUGUGUAUUGGAGAACUCUUCGUUUGACUUCUUUGAUGCAACUAGAAUGAAGUUGGCCACUUUUUCCCAAUAAAGAUGAUUCCCUGGUUGAUCACCACGCUUUCACCGCAGUGAUUUGACCUGUAUUCUUAAUUUUGACCUGAGUUCGGCCCUGUCUGACGUCAUUGAAUCCGCCCCCCACCAGGCACUCACCUUUUUCGACGCCGAGUCGUUCGGGACGUCGUUUCUUCAUAACGUCCUUGGAAUCGUCAAUACCUUUUCCCUGAUUAUCUGCUAAGGGCCUUGUCUAUGACCCUUCAGUAAUGAUUUAGUUGGUAGUCCUUGGGGGAGGGGGGGGGGCUCAAGUCUGUAGUUGGAUUGAAGAGCUUAUGCUGACCCCAACGAUCAUUGUCGAAACUUCUAUAGAUAAACAGGAAAAAAUAACUGAGUAUUGGGAAGAAGUAUCGGCAGAUUUAAAGUAGCCAACUUUUCUGUUUUUGGUCUCUUGUCUGAUUUCAUGCACCAAGCUUUAUAUGUGUCUCUCCCUCAGCACUUGAAGACGAUCGAAUCGGGUGUUCUGACUGUCUUCAUGAACUGUGGAAGAUGUUCUCAGCUGAUAUGUGUCGAUGUGUUUCCUUGGAGCUUGUCUGAGCCGAUUAGUCAGUUAUAAGCUAUGAAACACAACUUCUCAAUGGACGAUGACGGCAAGAUUCAAAACAAAACGAAUGCGCACACUUGGAACAGGUCAUAAGGCCAAAGCCAGUUUCGAACAAUGCCAUAAACCACUGUGACCCUAUGUUCCAGAAGAAAUGCAUGACUGGUCCCGAAGAAACAAACUUUGUCGAAAUCGUCCAUUCCUUAGAAACGCAGGUUUGAAUUCUCAUGUUUAAAAAUCCUCUAGAGGUUUGCCUCUGACUCCCUGGGUGUACAUUAGCACAUAGCACCAGUAACAAAAUGUGUCAUAGCGUCAGUGCUGUAGGAAUUGUGUCAUCUUAGCUAUAAAAACCAUGUAUGACAGUCUUAUUUCGCCUCUUGUACUCUGUUAGGCUGAAUCUGUCUUGUAUAAUCAGGAUUUCUCCGUAGAAUAGUUAGCACUUGCUUGCUUUGUUGCUCUCGACGAAGAAGGGGAAAAUAAUGUUAAAACAUCAUUGUCAGUUGAAACUUUUUUUGUUCUUUGAAUCAUUGCUUUCAACGUUGUAGUGUUUACGGUAUACAAUAAAAGAUUGUUGGUUGGAGAA